AUGUGUGCGAUGCGGUGGAUCCCGCUUGAGAGCAAUCCUGACUGGGCUCAAAAGGCUGGGCUUGUAGAAUCUCAGGAUCAAUUCGUUGAUGUAUACGGUUUGGACCCGGAGCUUCUCGCAAUGGUCCCUCAGCCGGUGAAGGCAGUGAUCUUGCUGUUCCCCAUCACAGACUCGGUCGACGCGAGGGCGAAGCAGGAGGACGAACGCAUUGAGACUGAGGGACAACGUCCCGUUGAUCCCACUAUCUUUUGGAUCAAGCAAACAAUUGGCAAUGCUUGCGGAACCAUAGGUCUUUUGCACGCGCUGGCCAACACCAAUGUCACACUUGCUCCAGACAGCCCUUUGGCCUUGUUCAUCGAGGAAUGCAAAGAUAAAACCCCAGAGGAGCGUGCUAGAAUUCUUGAAACGACCCCGUUGUUCGCGAGCAUUCACUCUGAAGUAGCUUCUGCAGGGCAGACAGCCACUCCUUCAGCAGAUGAGCGUGUCAACCUGCACUUCACUUGCUUCGUCCACGCACCGAACCCACCGCGCUCGGACAUCGUUUCUCAGGACCUUCCCCGACUCUUGGAGCUCGAUGGGCGCAGGAUUGGACCUAUUGACAGAGGAGAAUCCGCGCACUUGCUGGAGAUGUUAAUCCGCCGAUUUGUAGGACGUAGCCAAACCACAAGUAUGCACUUCAGCAUGAUGGCUCUUGCGCCUGCGGAAUGA